UCUAUACGUUGAGAAAGUUGAAUUUUCCGUGUCUAUGGACCGGGACGUACUACACGAGCAAAAUGAAAUUGUAAUUUCUCAAAUCCCUUCGGCCUUCAUUGAAUUUUCCGAGCUACAUCAUCAAAUCACACGUUUCAAGAAUUCCCAUUUCUUUCUCUUAUAUGUAACAAGAAACAACGAAAAACAACACCGUCUGAUUCUUUGUUACUACAAGACACCGCAGAUUGUCUCUCUCCUCUCUCCUCUCUCUCUCUCUCUCUCUCUCUCUCUCUCUCUAGGUGAGGUUAGUUUGCCAAACUUCCCUCUUUUUCUUUGACGGAUUUAACAAAGUCAGUUAAUCUUGGACGUUGCUUCUUUUUCAGAUGGUGAUGUAAUCUGAACUGAAUUUUUUGACAAAACCCAUGUGGGAAAUGUAAUUUCGCACUGGGUUUUUCUUUCUAAUCAGCUUUUUUAGAAUCUACUGAUUUCAGAAAGCCGCUGUGUUCUUGGUGAGAAACCCCACCUUCAAAUCAAUUGUUCACAUUGCUAAUUUUUAAUUUCUUUUUUCUCAUUUAAUAGCGGCGGUAAUAGCAAAUUCAAUUGCGGGUUUGAUUGUAUUGAUUUGUAGAAAUACAUUUGAGUAUAUUGUAUCUUGUGAAUAAAAAUUCAUACUUUAGGGUUUGAUCAAAUUAUUGGGGAAAAAAGAAAAAAAGAAAAAAAGAAAAAAAGAAAAAUGAAGGGAAGUGAUGAGUUAGUUAGUGAUGGUGAUCUGCAUACAAACGGGUUGAUUCAAAGCACAAACGGUUCUCUAGAAGAUAAACUUGACGAACUCCGUUUAUUAUUCGGUAAAACCGAAGGUGACCCGUUGAGGAUCGUCGGUGUAGGUGCCGGAGCAUGGGGCAGUGUAUUCGCCGCAAUGCUCCAAGAUUCAUAUGGGUCGUUUCGCGAUAAGAUCCAGAUCCGAAUAUGGAGACGGCCCGGAAAAUCGGUCGAUAGGGCAACGGCCGAGCAUUUAUUCGAAGUGAUAAAUUCGAGGGAAGAUGUGCUGAGGAGGCUGAUAAGGAGGUGCGCUUAUUUGAAGUACGUCGAGGGUAGAUUGGGCGAUCGGGUUCUUUACGCCGACGAGAUUCUGAAAGACGGGUUUUGCUUGAACAUGGUCGAUACCCCGAUUUGCCCUUUGAAAGUCGUGACGAAUUUGCAAGAGGCGGUUUGGGAUGCGGAUAUUGUUAUUAAUGGAUUGCCUUCGACCGAAACUUGGGAAGUGUUUGAGGAGAUUAGUAGGUAUUUGAAGGAACGGGUUAAUGUUCCGGUUGUUAUUUCUUUGGCGAAGGGAAUCGAGGCUGAAUUGGAACCCGAGCCUCGUAUAGUUACUCCCACUCAGAUGAUUAAUCGAGCAACUGGGAUUCCAAUGGAAAACAUUCUCUAUCUUGGAGGACCGAAUAUUGCGUCGGAAAUCUACAACAAAGAAUACGCAAAUGCUCGUAUUUGCGGAGCCGAAAAAUGGAGAAAGCCACUCGCGAGAUUUCUAAGGCAGCCGCAUUUUAUUGUUUGGGAUAAUGGCGACCUCGUCACACACGAAGUUAUGGGGGGUUUGAAAAACGUAUACGCAAUUGGAUCUGGAAUGGUGGCAGCUCUGACCAAUGAGAGCGCGACAAGCAAGUCCGUCUACUUUGCUCACUGUACAUCGGAGAUGAUAUUUAUUACACAUCUCUUGGCCGAAGAACCCGAGAGGCUUGCGGGCCCUCUAUUGGCCGAUACGUACGUGACAUUAUUGAAAGGUCGAAACGCGUGGUAUGGUCAGAAAUUGGCUAAAGGUGAAAUAAAUCUUGAUAUGGGUGAUAGUAUCAAAGGCAAGGGAAUGAUUCAGGGGGUUUCGGCUGUAAAAGCUUUCUACGAGCUGCUUAGUCAGUCUUGUUUAAAUAUUCUUCAUCCCGAUGGAAGCAAGCACAUUGCACCGGUUGAGCUAUGUCCGAUCUUGCAGACGUUGUAUAAAAUACUUAUUCUGAGGGAGAUAUCCUGCGAGGGAAUUCUUCAAGCGUUGAGAGACGAAACGAUGAACGAUCCUCGAGAACGGAUUUUGAUUGCGCAACGCUAUGCAGUCUACAGACCUUCUCUGCUUAUAAAAUAAUUUGUGAUAAUAAGAUAUUUUUUAGUUGUUAUUACAAAUUUUUAGUUACUUAGUUGAAAGAGAUUUUAUCUUGGAGCCUAAUUUUUUUUUUUGAGGGACUAAUUUAUGUAUUUCAUUACUACUUUUUUAUUUGUUCUUCCUUUUAUACUUUUGUGGUUUUAGGUACAAAUCACUAGAAUUAUAGUUU